AUGUCUGCGAAUGUUAAUCUGUCAUCGGUGGCGAUCAUGUCGCAGGUCCGGAAAUCUGCAGCAGUACGCCUCAAUACUGGAAAUAUUCAGCGGCAUCCGGAGUUAUUUCGUCAGAUGUUCAAAAAUUCAGCGGAAGAACUAGUGGCUGCGCUCGAGCAUCAGCUUGAUGGACCAAAUGGACCGGAAUUGGAGAUGAGACCCGAUGGUACAAUAAUGCUUGCCCGUAAUUCAGAGAACUGCCGCCUAAGUACUAUAGAAAAAGCCGAUAUGAAGAUAACUUUGAAGGUAUUUAUGUCUUCACUGGAUAUAAAACAAGUGGAAGAAAGCAUCGAUACGGCUUUGCACGAAACAAAUACCAAAUCUAUUUCUCAGCUGAUCAUCACUUUUCCUCCGGAUGAUAAAUUGGAUAUAGAUCCCUCGGUACCCUCUCAAGUGCAGCAGUGGCUGUCGCAAAUCCUGCCAUUUUGGAGACAGUUAGAAACUUUGGUGAGGAUUCAUAAAGUAAACACAUUGGGUGUAGCGGAUCUUGACUAUGAGCAGUUAAAAGCGCUUUAUGAAUCGACGAAUGAUUAUCGUCCAAUGAUUGAUCAUUACAACACUGAACACUGUUGUACGGUACCACCUGAAUUACGUGAAUAUGCGAAACAAAAAGACAUUCAGUUGCUAACUCACAAUGAUCCGAGUUUAUGCAGUAUCAAUGAAAGAUUAGGUGCUAUUACCAGGAAACUAUUCGAAAAUGAGCACUUCGACCUUAUCUUCAUUGCGAGGCUUACGGUGUGGUUGCGAAGCCGUUCAAUAAUCGUUGGAAAAGGUUACAUCUUAAAGUUCCUCAGAAACAUUCCGUAA